AUGGGCAAUAGCUUGAGGUGCUGCCUGGCUUGCGUGCUCCCCUGCGGCGCGCUGGACCUGAUCAGGAUCGUCCACCUCAGUGGCCGCGUCGAGGAGUACGGCCGGCCGGUCGCCGCCGGCGAGAUCCUCUCUGCCAACCCGAACCACGUGCUGAGCAAGCCGUGCUCGCAGGGCGUCGUGCGGAGGAUACUCAUCGUCUCCCCGGAGUCCGAGCUGGAGCGCGGCCAGAUAUACUUCCUCAUCCCGGCGUCCUCGGUGCCGGCUGAGAGGAAGAAGAAGACCGGCUCCACCGCUGGCUCGCAAGGCGCCGCUGCCGUCGCGCCGUCAAGGAUGGCAAACCCUGGCCACGGCGGCAAGACGCGCAUCCACGUUAAGAGCAAGCCGUCGUCAGAUCACGGCAGUGGCCGUGACGUGCGGUCCGAGAAGAGGUCGCUGCACCGGCGGCGAGUGAGCACCGGUGGCCGGACCGCCGUGUGGAGGCCACACCUCGAGUGCAUCGUGGAGGGCACUUGA